ACUUCCAAGCUCACCCGGUAGAAGUCUUGACUGACCAACCGCUGGGUGCAGUGUUGCGUAAUUCAACAUCCUCCGGGAGGAUGGUGAAGUGGGCGAUGAUGUUAACUCAAUUCAACAUUGAGUACCGGCCAAGGUCAGCAAUCAAAGGGCAAGCCCUUGCGGACUUCCUUGUAGAGAUGGCGGGUAUAACUCCAGAUGAACCGGUCAACAAACCCACUGAGCAAUGGUGGGAGAUGGCGGUAGACGGGGCAUCUGGCCCUAGAGGAUAUGGGGGUGGGAUCAUCUUUACCACCCCAGAAGGGUUCAAGAUCUACCAUGCAAUCAUCUUCAACUUCAAGUUGACGAACAAUGAAGCAGAAUACGAAGCUCUUGCUGGAGGGCUCAGACUUGCUCAAGCUCUCAAAAUCAGCCGGGUCAGUAUCAAAUCUGACUCUAGUCUGAUUGUUGGGCAAGUGACCGGUAAUAUGGAGGCUAGAGAAGGACGAAUGGCGCAAUACAAGGACGUGGUGCUCGCCUUGUUGAAAAGCUUCGAGGAAUUCAAAAUUGCCCAAAUCCCCCGGGCAGAAAAUGCAGAUGCAGACCUUCUCUCCAAACUAACGCAGUAUGCCCCCGAGCAUGUUUCAAAACUUGCCCGGGUGGAAAUCCUGGACCGUGCCAGCAUCGAGAAACUGGAAGUAGCUGCCAUAACAGGGGAAGCCCAAUCUGACCGGUCAAACUUGGUCGGGGCGGAUGACCACUGGAUGUAUGAUCUGAUGGAAUAUCUGAUGGACGGGACCUUGCCGGAACAAGAUGACUGGGCAAGAAAAGUGAAGCUUAGGGCACCCCGGUUCCAAGUCCUUGACGGAAAGCUGUACAAGAGGGCGUUCGGGGGACCCCUCUUGAGGUGCCUAACCAACCGGGAGGCUGAACGGGUCAUAGCAGAAGUCCAUGAGGGUGUAUGCGCGGCGCAUCAAAUGUCCCGCACUCUUUCCCAACGCAUCAUCUUAUUGGGGUAUUACUGGCCAACAAUUGUCCAGGAUUGCGAGAGGUACGUCCAGAAGUGCAGAACGUGCCAAGUGUUCUACAAAUACCCCGGUAGGCCGGCGACCUACUAUCACCCCGUAUCAAACGUCAUCCCUUUCGCUAGAUUCGGGGUGGAUAUCAUUGGGGCAUUCCCAGUCGCCCAAGGAAGGAAGAAAUUUGUAAUCGUGGCCAUCGAUUACUUCACCAAAUGGAUCGAAGCCGAGGCAUUGGCCAAUAUCACCACGCAGCAAUGCAAGACGUUCAUUUGGAAGAACAUCAUCACCAGGUUUGGGGCUCCCAUGAACCUAAUUACCGACAACGGCCCACAAUUCCGAAAUCCAAGAUUCACUGAAUACUUGGAGGGCUUCGGAAUCAAGCACAAUCGCUCCUCGGUGGUGUACCCCCAAGGAAAUGGCCAGGAGGGCUCAUGGGGAAACUCCAUUCUCCCUAACCUAUGGGUGUGAGGCAAGGCUGCCCAUCGAAGCCGAAUUCCCAACGUUUCGGGAAUCAAAUUAUCAACCCCAG